CAGUCAGAUACGUACGUACUUACCACUGCCACAGCCCCGUACAAAGCAACUCCACCAUGGCCGAGGAAACGACAACGGAAGAUAUUCGAACCGAAAUUGCGGCCAUUUCCAUCCCGGAAGAUGACGAGGACUACACCCCUCCUUCGAAGCCCGUCUCCUCGUUUUCUUUGACACCGUCGUCCACCUCGAAGCCGCAGGACGAACCGCUGACCCUCACGGAAGACGACGAGGGCGAACACGCCGAGCUCGAAAAGGAAGUCCGAUCAAAAGACGAAAACAUUACCGGACUGGAAAAACUCAGAAUGGAAAAACAGGAAGAACUCGAGGGUCUGCAAAAAGAACUGGACAAGGAACGCCUGCUUCAGAUGAAGGAAUCGAUAUUGCAUCGCAUCGAAGUAGAACGACUCAAGCGCCAGACCAAAGCCGUCGAGGAGCGCCUCACCGUGCUGGAGAAGGACAUGCAAAACAAGGACGCCAUCCGGGAAUACGCAGAACUCAUCAAGAGUGUUGCACCCAAGGGAGGAAGUGCCGAUUCUCAAUACGUCAUGAAACUACAAUCGCAGCUAGCCAAAGCCGUGAAACGGAUGGAUGCAACUUCUCAUCAGAUGACCCAGCUCGAGCACUCCUGCGAAGAGGUUGUGAAUUCUCUCAAGCACGAGAUUGGUGACAUUGUCGAAGACAGGUGCCGGACCGAAUUGGAUUUGAUGAAGCAACUCGAAUUGCUCGAGGAACAGAAAAAGGAAAUUCAAUCGGAAUACGACGAUCGCAUCCUUUUGAAUCAACAAGAACUCGAGCGUCUCAAAGAAAAGCUUACGGUGGAAGUUACUCUGGAUGACUUGGAACAGGAAAUGGAAGAAACAGAAGAAAAGCUGAUGAAACUCAACAACACCUGCGAGAUGCAAGAUCGGGUUAUUGAAGAAUUGAAGAACAUUUCGAGUAGCGCCGAAGAGAAAGAUUAGUAUAAGUCAGAAACGAAAGGGAUAUAUAUCGAAAUAAUACGAAACAAUACAA